AUGUCAUCCCCAGUGGUGCCCUAUUCCCAGUAUUCGCAAGUAUCUCCUGCCACGGGAUACAGUUAUAGAGGUGGUUUGGACUAUGAGAGCGAAUCGAUACGGACCCCCAUCACCACUGAUUUUACGUCUCAUGAUUCGAUCUACAAUAUCCGAAGUCUGAAUGUGAUGAUUUCGAAUAACUCCAGUUAUCUGGUCAACAGAACCAUGGUGAAUGAAGAUGAUGGGGCGUUGUUCAUCAAACCUGAAGAGUUCCAAACUAUUGCUCUCACCGUCAUAAGCACCAUUAGCAAUGGUAAUACCCAGGUUCAAGCCUCGACGUCCCUGAAGAGGCUAGAUGAUAUUUUCAUCACAAUUGCUGUCAACGAUAGGAGUACUGGUAAAGAGAUGUGGAGAAUCAAGAAAUCGUUGAACCAGUUGAUAGCCUUUGACAACGAGAUCAGACCUACGGUCGAGUACUUUGGUUUGCCUGUUCUUCCCGACAAGUCGUUGUUCUUUUCUACCACUCCCAAUAAGAUUGACGUGAGAAUCAGUGGUUUGCAGAAUUACUUCAACACCUUAUUUGUGAUGCCCCACAUCCCCCACUUAAUUCUUUUCAGAAUCUGCAAGUAUUUGUCGUUAGAUUUUGUGAAUCCUUUGGACGAAUUCAAGAGUGGUUCCAGAAAGGAAGGGUAUUUGGUCAGAAAGUACAAAGGCUUGGGCACCAGUUGGAAGGUGAGAUGGUGUCAAGUCGAUGGACCUGUGUUGGAGUUGUAUGACCAACCAGGAGGAUCCUUGUUGGAGCAGAUCAACUUGAAGCAUUGUCAAAUCGGCAGACAAUCUAACGAUUCAGUGGCCGAAGACAAAGGAUAUAGACAUGCAUUUUUAAUCAUGGAAAGCCACAAGAGUUCCAAAUUGUCGAACUCGUUUCCAAAGCAUUUCUUCUGUGCUGAAAAUGACUAUGAGCGAGAUGAGUGGGUCAAUGCAUUGAUAGACAUGAGUCUCGUGGUUGACUCGAACUCCACGUCGACUGCAAACUCCAUUAAAGAUGACAUUGCAGGGUAUAACGUAAAUUUUCAAACACCCCGAAACUAUGGCUCUGACUACCAGGAUGAACCGGAUUAUACGAACAAGACCAAAUCUCCAGUUCCUUCAAACGUGUCGUAUCAAACCAUGGACAGUCUUGAAAAAGAAAAGCCCACCGACAAAAAGGGUAAGAAGAGAAGCAUUUUCCCGUUCAGAACCAAGGGUUCUAACCCAAACUCUAGCACGAGCCAGUUGUUUGAUGCCAGUAAUCUUGUUGACAGUGACUUGAGCAAUGCUAUAGCGUCUUCCCCCAAUGCUAAUAGUUCGUUCACCAGCAAUUCAAGUCACCAGAACGGCACUUCCGCCACUGUGGUCGAGGACUCUAGCAUCCAACUGUACCUUGACAAGAUGGGACUAGAUGAACAGGUGAAUAAACUGAUUUUUGGCAGAGAACUAGUACAAGCGUACGAAAUUUCCCAUCACAAUUUUCUUGGAAGAGAGGUCCCCAGCAUCAUCUACCGGUGUAUUGAGUUUUUGUUGAAGACUGGAGCCGUGUACGAAGAAGGAAUCUUUCGAUUGAGUGGAUCUGCUUCAACUAUUCGACAGUUGAAAGAAGCGUUCAACAAGAAGUUUGACCUUGACUUGUUCGAAAAUGAAUUGAAACCCGACAUGCACACGGUUUCAGGAUUGUUGAAGACGUACUUGCGGGAGUUACCAUCACCCAUCGUAUCUGACAAAGGAUAUAGUGAUUUGAGAAACAUUGUGAUGAACAACGGCAACACCGCUGCCACGUCGUUGAAAUUCAAAGACUACUUCAACAAUCUCAACAACCUCGACCGAGUGUACUACGACACCAGUUACAUUGUGUUGAAGUUUCUUAAGGAGAUCAUCAAUAACAAAGACUCAAACAAGAUGAACUUGAGGAAUGUGUGCAUUGUGUUUGUUCCCACCCUUAACAUCUCACUAGAUGUGAUGAGCUUGCUCUUGAUUGACUUCAAUUGCAUUUUCGAGGACGGGGAUCCUAUCCCUGAUAACCAAAGAGAAGUGUUGGAUUUGAAUAUCCCUAGCUUCUAGUUUCAAUUCUGUAUUGUAUUAUAGUUUGUUAAAUGCAUAGCAUUUUCUGAGACAAAGCGCUCUUGCCCAUUGUGUACAUAUCUUUGUGCCCUUGUCCGUACCCCCUGGCCCAUCGAGAGAACCAUUACAAAAAUUGGUCAGGAAGAGUUCGAUAUGUUCAGUGUGCUGUGAUUCAUUCAGGACCAGAACUUCAAAGACCUCGUGUCGAAGGGUAUGUCAUUUAACGUCACUAUACUUAAACUUGCUUUUAGUUCACUUUUAAAAAGGUUUUAGUUUAAUUGAUGCAAUAUGCAACCUUGUAUACCGAGAGAGUACAAAAGCACAAGUAAAAUUGUAGGUCAUUGGGGACUAGUCUUCACGGAACACAACAUUCAUAAUAAUCAAUAGGUUCUCCAACAAUAACAGUAAGUGGUGGGUUUCCAGGACAAGUGCUAUUAUGCAAUCUGAACGUCGUCCGGAAAAGGAGCUGCGUAUAAACCAAACCAUACAAACUUUAUUUUUUUCGUAAGAUAACGUUUAUUUAAUUUUUUCCAAAUUUCACCGAAAAUAAGGAUAUUCAAUGGACGUUUGGAAUCAGAAUUGAACAGUUAAGGAUUUCAUUAGAACAGCAAUAAUCAAAAAGCUAUUGUUCGCUUAUUAUAAUUGAGAUAGCCCGGACGCCUUCGCUGUUGCAGAACAAAGGAGCUUUUUCAUCUAUAUGCAUGCAGCGGAUUUAAAAAAAAGUCUGCGGGUCCAUUAUUUUUCUCCUUCACACACCGUUCACCACAAAUCCGGUGCCAAUGCAGUAUCUAGAGGCCAACUGUUAUCAAAAUAAUGUAGUUU